AUGCUUCUUGCUAAUGCGGUUCUCUUCACAGUUAACGACGCUCGCGCUAUCCGCAUCACGGAGAUCAUGGCCGACUUUCGCUCUCUUCAACACUACCUCAAUCAACUUCGUACUAAUCCGACGGCGGAGGAAUACUAUCUCGAAGGUUACUCGUUACUUCGACAAUGCUCGGAUGAAGCGCAGACAAUUCUUCAAACUCCAUUCGCUGGCAGUUCAGGAGCGCCUGGCGGUGACUUGGAGGCCGAGAAAGCACAACUGCAAAUGAUCAUUGUCGAUGCUGCUGUCCGGCGAUUCCAAUGCCAGAGGGCGUACCUAAGGGCGCACGCGGGUCUACGGUGGAUGAACUCCAGGAACUCCAUCCUGCGUGGCCAGAAGCCUCAUGCAGGUCACUUCGAGGCGUUGCAGGCAGCUGACAACACACUGCGGUCGGAGCUCCUCGCCAUUUCUGAUCUUCAUGUUGAAAACACUCUCAGGAACCAGGACGCUGCCCAAGGGAAGUGGCUCGCGGAAGACCCGUCGCUGGCUCACAUCCAGCAAAAUUUGAUGCGCCGAUAA